AUGUGCGGCACAAAGAAUUGCCCGCUUCUUCUUGAACAUCCUGGUAACAGAACAUUGAAGUUCUCACGAUAUGAUGCCUCUGGCAAUGUAUCGGCCCUUCGUACACAAUGUUGCAAAUUGAAAGUGUGGUGCAGUUCACGUCACGAAUGCACUUCACCUGCCAACCAUGCGAUGCUUGAGAUGAUGCAGACGUCUCCUGAUGACGACGCGGAGCUCCUUUUAAUGCCAGCCUGGAAGCACGUCGAUGGAGAAGAGAUACUCUAUGUGAUUCACCCCAAUCGUGCCGUCACUCGAGAAGUGUUCGUCGACGGCGUUAAGCAAGAUACACGAUACGCUGGAGAAUUCACAUCCAUCGACUAUGAACCGUGGCUUGUUUUCGUCAACUAUUUACCUUUUGAAGAUACUGUACGUUCCUUUCGCCUGAAUUACUUUUUUUACUGA